UGAAGCAUCUGAGAGAAAAGAAGUCACUCACUUCCUUCUGCUCGUCCAGGUGUCUCCUCCUGGAUCGGUGAGACCCGUGUGAGCCCAAAGCAGCAAAACUGAAGCAAUAUGAUCCUGGUGUCCUACAACAGUCAGUUCAGACAUUUCAUGUAUGUCGCUCUUGUCGUGACCAACGCCGGUUUCAUGCUGCUGCUCUGGAGCUACAGGUGAGUGAAACUACUAAGCCUGGUCUGCUCUGACCGUGAUUUGAGAUUCAUUCAACUGGACUCCAGCUGUGGCCUGACGUGUGGCGGAUACGGAGGAGGGAGGUCAUAUUGGAACUACUUUUUCUCUGGAAAAUCAGUGUGACACAUCUCAUAUUAAAUACACUGUCAGCAGUGUAUCAAGCCUCCCUUUGUGGGUUUAUCUGCAUUCAUCUGAAUGUCUUCAUUUGAGUUCACAUAUGAUUUGUCUUUGUUUAAACUGGAUAAGGUCUGUCUCAAAAAAGAGAAAAGAGUGAGACUUCCUGCUUAAAAAAGAAAGAUUAAAUAAUAGAAAAACUACACUCAGAACAACAGGCUUCGUGAUGAGGCUCCUCGUCUCUCAACUCUGGACUUGUUCUUUGAACGUCACUUUAAAAUUUAAUGUCAUUUGACAAAAUCAUUUGCUGUGGACAGGACAGGGACAACAGACCACAGCAGCAGACACAAGAAUCUGACUGAGCCUCAGAUCCCCGUCCAGGAACCGGUGCCUCCACAAUGUGGUCUGGGACGAGUAGUUUCUCUGGGACAAUUUGUGGUGGUCAACGGGACGAAGACGCUGCUAUUGUCAGCUUAUCUGGAGCACCGCUCGGCACCAAAGCAGGUUCGUGUUAUUGCAGUGGUGCUGAGGAGCGAGCAGGUAGAUUAUCGCUGCCUUCUCUGCUGUCAGGAGCAAACGCUCAUCUCUACAGGGAUCAGGAACAUCAACAGAGAUCACUUUGGCUUUCCAUAUGGGAUGGCAGACAUCAUGUGUCCUCUGCCCUCAGGCUGUGAGAACCCAUCUCACAUCACUGUGACCUCCGCUGCAGCCGACUCUGAAGAGAAACAUGAAAAACAGAUUUUGGAGGUGAAGAACCAGAAUGCCAAAAGGGACUCCUUUUCUUACAACUUCACCGUCUGCUUCUCCACCAUGUUUGACUUCAAAAACGUGCUUCAGCUGGUCCAGAGUCUGGAGAUGCUGCAGUUGCUGGGGGUGAACAGAGUUGUCAUCUACAAGACCAGCAACAGUCCUGAAACGCAGCGCAUACUGGACUACUACACACACAAAGGUUUAGUCGAGGUGAUUCCAUGGCCCAUGACCAGAUUUCUGCACGUAUCUCGAAGCUGGCUGCCUCAGUACGAUCCAGGUGACAUCCACUACUUUGGCCAAAUUCCCGCUCUCAAUGACUGUCUGUACAGAUAUAUGUACCAGUCCAGGUACAUCGCCCUGCAGGAUGUGGACGAGCUGAUUCUGCCACAGUCAGCCAACAGCUGGUUGGAGCUGUUGCCCCAGCUGGAAAAGAAUUACGGCCGUGAUCGAUGUUACAUGUUUGAGAAUUUCGUGUUUCCCACCACCGUCGCUCGGCCUCCUCCUUCCCCCGACAAUCUGACCCUCUGCUGCCCCAGCUGGAAGUUUGUGCCUGGGCAGAACAUCCUGCACCACCUGUACCACGAACCCAACCAUAAAAUUCUUUUCAGCAACUUCAAGAUCAUAGUGAACCCUCGAGCCGCGGUCACCCUGACCGUCCACGGAGUGCUGAAUCCAGGGAAUCUCUGCGCGUGGGUGGACAGGAGUAUCGCUCGCUUGUACCACACAAGGUAGAUUUUCUAAUGCAAGAAAAACAAUAAAACAAAUUGGGAACAGAAAAUCAUCACAUGAAUUUAAGUUGAGUUGAGUAUUUUACCAUUAAAUUACCCAUCAAACCAACAUCAAACAUUGGCUGUAGAUGAGCGGUGGUCAGUGGACUGCAGUGUGCAGCCUGACCAGCAGAUGUCACUAAAUCCUACACACUGGACAUUUAAAAGAAAUCUCUCAAGUGCAAACUUUUUCCCCUCUGUGGUGUUGGUGUUCGGCUCAGUUUGUGUUCAAAUGUCACGUCUGUGCUUUCUGUGUGUGCAGAGCUGCCACAAAACCAAAGCU